ACCAUAUGUUAGUACCAAGUGGUUCCCCGCCUCAACCAAAUUUUAGUACAAUUUCUUUAUUUGACUCAAAACGAACACACACUCUGAUUUCAUUUCCUCUCCAAAUCUCAUACAUCUCCAGAUCUCCUUCAAGUUCAACUCAAGGUCGUAAAUCGAGGAUUCUUGAAUUUUUGUCCAAAGGGUUUUGGGAUUCGUUGAUUUUUUGGCAAUUGGGGAGGUGGGUUGUCUUUAUCUUGUUGAUUUUUUUUGAUGUAUAGAGCUUAAGAUCUGUUGCCGGAAAUUGAAUUUCAUGAUGAGUGGAGAUAAUUUCACAGAUGGGUUUGGCAAAACCCGUCCGGCUUUAGCCGAUGUGACCAAUAGGAAAAGGGCGUUUUCUUCGGUUUCAGGUGAUGUAGGGCUUAAUUAUGGAGAUGGGUAUGGUAAAAAUGUGGGUUGUGGAGAUGGGGAUCCAAAGUUUGCAAAGCAAGGGUGCUUAGGAGUAGAGAAUUUAGUCCAAGAGGAAUGUGAGGCCAAGUUUGGAGUAGAUGGUAGUGAAAAGGAGAAGGAUUUGUCCCCCACUUGUAGUGAGGUUGGUACUUCACUAGAGAAUAUUGCAUCUACUGUUGUGAAUUUACUGGAUAAGAGUAAGGAGACAUCAGAUUUCUUUCAAGGCGACAGGAUACGACAUAGUGUUGCUGUGGAGACUGGUGAUGUAUUGAGAGAUAGUUGUGUGUCUAGUAUUUCGGCGCCUGCUUGCUCUGGACUGUCCAAGAAAAAUUGUUGCGGGGUCGGAGGGAACUGUCAAGAUGAGGAAGUGAGACUCAGUUCCAGUGUUACUGGAAGUAAUGCAGUAUGUGAAGGAUUGGUCGCACAUGUUUGCAAGGAUAAUGAGAAGGAUCAACAAGGUGGUAGAUUGGCCUCAAGCAAUUAUGGGUCUGUUGAGUGGUCAAGAUUGCCCAAGUCACAUGGUUCUAAGUUCCAUGAAUUGGAAAGAUGCACAAGCGCUAAGGGUGAUGGUUGUGCUAAUCUAAAUGCCAGUACCGAUGUUCUCAAAGGUUGCUCUUGUUCAUUUUGCUUGAAAGCUGCUCAUAUGUGGUCAGAUCUCCAUUACCAGGACAUCAAGGGUCGAAUAGCUGUAUUGAAGAAGAGUCAGAAAGAAGCAAGCAUUUUGGUUCAAAAUAGUUGCAGGGGAAAGGAGGUUGACAUUCACGGCCAAGGGAACUUCAACAAAGUAACAAAAUUAGAUCCUGACCUCACGGGUCAGUGGAAAUCACUCUUUCUUCACAUGGAGAAUAUCUUUGUCAAUGAAAGCAACCAGCUUCAAUCCAGCUAUGUUACGCUUAAAGAUUUGAGAGAGAACUGCAAGAUGGAUCUGGAGAUGAUCAAUGGAAUGGCUUCAGAAAAACAUUAGCGUCCUUGGUGAUUGUAAGAAUGUUUCAUUACACUUAUUUGAUAGUUUGUGCUUGUGGCUUGCAUGUAGAUGCAUUUGCCCAUGUGUGUUCCUAGUUUGUUUCUCAGAGAACUCCUUGAACUUGUUACCAGUCUUAUUGUAUUGAGAACAUAUCCAUUUAACACAUAUAAUAGUGUUUCCUUUAAUACCUACCAUGAACAUUUCCUCUAUGAGAGAAUGAAAGUUCUUUUCAUUUGCCUCAA